UCCAGAUCAGGGAUUAUAGAAUAUAGGAAGCCAUUGGAGUUGGGGGAGGAGAAGCGGAACAGGAACAAACGGGAGACGACAGCGUGUACGGCGUUCCCCACGCUAUAUUCCUCGAAGACCCCCGGUUUGACUGCGUCCUCGGGCGAACCACAGCCGGCCACGUCUCCUCCCCCGCGUCGCCAGAGAGUCGGCGACCGUCCCGAGGCGGAGGUCGCCGUCUCCAAUGCCCCGGGGCGAGACCAUUCGGGCCUUCCGCUCUGCUAUUUGGAUCAUUCUGUAGUCGUUUCCAAAGAGUCCAAGUGACCAUUUUUUUGUUGAUCUACUGUUCAAUUCGGAGUGGCUGGAGGCUGAAGCAAGUGAUCUAAGACGUUUUGGAUUGGUGGGGCUUUGGUUUGGCCCCAUCGGAGUGGAUUUGGAGGUCGUUUCUGGGAUAAAGGAAGACAGGACGGUUUGAAGAUGCUUUCGGGAUGAUAACCACCUUUCAUCCGUGUUUGAGUCUGCCGCUAUCUGUCAUUGUAGUUUAGAAUUGAUUCCAUGGUGAGGUUAUCUGAAUAGGUCAUUUUCGGAUUCGCAGGAAGAGAAAUAGCUACCUUGAGUUACCAGUCUAGGAGAAUCGAUUGAGGGGGAGACUGUAGAUUCUGAAUCAGUAUCAGCAAGAGGAAGGAGACACAGGUGUUGCACAAAUGAACCUUGGAAAUGGCAAAGGAAAAAAGGCGUUGCAGUCUUUUUUCCCGAAAAUCUGUGGGAUGUGGGAGAUGAAAGCAUCAAAGAGAAGGGAGCUCUCAUUCAACGCCUCUGCAGUUGAUUGUGGAGAGUGCCCAUCUUUCCCAACAAGUGCGUCUCCUGCUCUCAGGAAAAGCUUUUCUGAAACAGACUCUAAUUCAAGGCUUGGGGGCUUAAGUUUCAACGAAUUCUCGUCCUCCUUACAAGACACUGUAAAUACCCAGGCCUUCAGGGUAUCUGUUGCCACAUGGAAUGUUGGAGGAAAACCACCUCAUAGUGGGCUAAACCUUAAUGAUUUUAUUCCUGCUGAUGAUCAUUCAGAUAUGUAUGUGCUAGGUUUUCAGGAAAUAGUCCCUCUGAAUGCUGGAAAUGUGCUUGUUAUAGAAGAUAACCAGCCAGCAGAGAAAUGGUUAGCUCUAAUCAACCAAGCAUUGAACAGACCGGCAGAGGCUGAUGCUGAUGGUUACCCGCAUACCCCAUCUCCAUUCACUAACUCCUCUUCUCAAGCUUCUAGUUUAAAUUCUUCUGUUUCUAGAGAUCUCAAGAAUACCAGUGGUUCAUCAGUAUCUUUCAGCAAAACUAGCACGACAGAGCAGGGAAGACGGCUAAAGACCUGCAACUGCCCACCGGAGGCGGUGGUAGGGAAGUACUGCCGAGACUCCUGUUUCAGAUGCCCCACAGCUUAUAUUAGUGAUGAUGAUGACUCCUCGGAUGAGGAAGAGGAGGUAUCACGCAGUUUUGCAGCCACAGAUUUAGCUGCUGCAGUCUCCACUGCAGACAAGCAACUGCAGUAUAUCCUCAUAGCUAGCAAGCAGAUGGUAGGGAUCUUCGUCACUGUUUGGGUGAGAAGAGAACUAGUCGAACAUAUAGGACAUAUGAGACUCUCUUGUGUUGGGCGUGGAAUCAUGGGCUAUCUUGGUAACAAGGGAUGUAUAUCAGUGAGCAUGUCUUUGCAUCAGACAAGCUUCUGUUUUGUUUGCAGUCACUUGGCUUCUGGGGAGAAAGAAGGGGAUGAGCUCAGGAGAAACUCCGAUGUUAUGGAGAUAUUAAAGAACACACAUUUCCGAAAGAUAUGCAGAAGUAGUAGUCGAAGAAUUCCUCAGAGAAUUCUUGAACAUGACCGGGUCAUAUGGUUAGGGGAUUUGAAUUACAGAAUUGCCUUGAGCUACUCUGAGACCAGGAAGCUUCUUGAAGACAACAAUUGGGAUGCUCUUCUUGAGAAGGAUCAGCUGAAAAUUGAAAGAGAAGCAGGACGAGUGUUCAAGGGGUGGAAUGAAGGGAAAAUCUAUUUUGCUCCAACAUACAAAUACUCCAAUAAUUCAGAUGCUUAUGCUGGGGAGACUGUAACAUCAAAGAAGAAAAGAAGAACACCAGCAUGGUAUGCAAGACACUGUGUUCUGAUGCUUGUCUUUUUGAGAAGCAAAUGGAGUCGCUCCAUUGGUGUGAUCGCAUACUAUGGCAUGGUGAUGGGCUGGUGCAGUUGUCUUACAUCCGCGGUGAGUCGAGAUUUUCUGAUCAUCGCCCAGUGUGUGCGGUUUUCAGAGUGGAGGUAGGCAUGCCUGAUAGCAGUUUGAAGAAGGGUUUGUCUGUCCCCAACAUGAAAGUUGGUGUGGAAGAGCUCUUACCUCCAAGUAACAGCUUCUUUUCCUAAUGAAGUGCUGACCUUUGAGAAGAAAGAACGACUGCUAUAGGAAAUGUACGUGUGAAUCUGAAGAAACUAUCACCGUCAAUCUGUACAGAACUUUUUACUAACAAUGUACUUGAUUGUUUCCUUUUGCAUUGACUUCAGCUAGAAGGAACGGAAAUCUAUGAUCAUACUGGGGAAGGCUUUCUUCUUCUUCUUCUUCAUCUUCUUCUUUUUUUUUCCUACCGAGAGGAAAUGUGAAUUCCACCUCUAAGCAUAUACUGAAUUUUCUUUGGGGGGAGGAGUGCAUGUCUAAUUGAGGCAUUCAGAACGUACAUAACUGUGCAUUGAUGUUCUAUCAAGUAAGAAAGACAACAUCCUUACUUCGGUGACGAUGAAGCAUUGAGGGAAGUGCAUUAUUGAGUUGUUUUCUCUCUGAAUAACUGUGAUAUCCUUCUGAUUUGAUAGGAUUCCUGCUUAGAAACUCAUCUCUGAUUGACAGGAAAUUAAAUAAAGCUGUUUUAGCUAUUAUCUAAGCUAAAACCUUUGAUAUAUA